AUGCCUCAGUGGGACAUUGUAAGCCAAGGCAGCGGCGGCAUUGUUGCUUACAAGAACAAUGCCUCAGCCGUCGGCCAGGUUGCUCCUCGCCAGCCGGUCACGUUCCAAGUCCAGAAUUCCCGAGCUAGUCUCACCUAUUCUGGUCCAGACGGGAGCCCAAUGACAAGCAGAGCUUUGGACAUCGCUGAUCGAAUUGCAUCAUAUCGAUGAUCUGUCACGAUAACCCUCUCACUUGCGUUCUAA